AUGAAUCAGAACAUGCAAUCAAAUGAAAUUGGACCUAAUUCCAAUUAUGCAAAUGCUGCUACUUCUUCACCUCCACCGCAACAAACAUUCCCACAAAUAAUUCUUGAUACCCGGGAGAUUCUGGUCGAAAAGUUGUCUGAUGUGCUGACAGUUUUGAAAACGAGAGAAAGGAAACAAUCAUAUUCAACAAAAAAGUCAAUCAAAUAUUUGGAUUCUGAAAUUAAGAAUUAUCCAUCCAUUCCUGAUGCAAAGAUUUCAAUGUUAUACGACACGUUACUUGUCGAUCUCGCCUUACAUAUAUGUGUAUUCGAAGAACUAUCACAAGCUGUUUAUGAAAAAGCAUCUAUAGAGUGCAUCAACAAAGUAGAAGAAAGAAUGGAUUUUAAACACGCAAGUAUAAAUCGAUGCAGUCGAAUUUGGUCAAAUUUUUAUGCGGGAACGGAAGAAGCAGUAGAGCGAAAAUCUGUGGAAGUAAAGAAUUUGUAUAGCAGUAUAGAAAAACUGAGCGAAAAUGUAGACGCAUUAGAAGAACAAGUUUCGGACCUUCAGAAAAAGUUGCAAAAAUCUGACAGUGUGAUUAUAGACAUGGAUGGCUUAAUACAAAAGUUGACAAAGGAGAAGGAAACAGUACAAAAAAGAUACGUAAACACGAUGCAAAGGUUGCACAUUGUGAAAGAUCAAAUGGUAAAGUUUAGAAUAACAGGAAAGCAGAAGGAAGUAGCAAGCGGAAAUGAGCAUAUUAUGGUAUUUAUCGAAGGGAUUAACAAUGUCUUUAAAAAAUACGUGGAGUCACUUAAGCAAAUCAUUCCUAAAAUGUCAGAAAAGCAGCUAGAAAUUAAACUGAGCACUGCUGUCUAUGAUUUAGUUAAACUUUUGCUGGAAACUUCAUUAGAAUUGAAAAACUCGAAUCAGCCUAGCGAUAAUUUGGAGAAUUGGAUAGAAGAAUCAAACAAAGAAAAUGAAGUAGUAAAGUUAGAAAAUUUUGUGCAAAUGAAAAUUAAUGCAUUGACGCAAAAAAUUGAAGCACAAAUGACAAAAACUUUGCGUAAAUGGCAUGAAGGAGAUGUUACCUUAACAUCUAUUUUUUUCGAAACUGCAACGAAAAUAUUUACUCAAAAUGAUACAAAUUUGUUCAUUACACUGGUCAAAAUGAUAUCAGAUUACAGUGAAGGACAAAAUUUGAAAAAACUAAUGUUAGGAUCAGAAAUGGAUGUGCGGAAACAAUGGGAGAUGUCAAUUUUUCGUGCGCAUUCUCAGUGCAGAGAAACGUUGGUGAAGAAGCUAAGUGAAGAUUCUUGUGCUGUUUGGCGAUGGUUUCAGGCUCGCACUACUAAUAUUCAUAGCGAUAUUUUUGGAAUUCUUGAAUCUCCAAAGAAGAAGAAAGUAUCAGAGACAAAAUUAUCCUUCAAAAAAUUAAUAGACUGCUCAAAAAUGGUCGACAAUACUUCAGUAGAAGAUUGGCCACUGCUUACAAAUAAACUACAAACACAUUUGGAUGAAAACAAAGAUGGAAAAGUAAAAGAGAAAAAUCUGAGCGACAACAUUACUGAAUACGAUGAAUCCAGUAACGAUUCAGUACUUUUAGAUAUUUCUGAUACUCUUCCACAGAAAUCUGGUCAUAAGCACAAAUCUGAUUCUCUUCCACGAGAAUCUGAUGAUAAACAAAAAGUUGGUCCAGCUAUACAGAAAUGUUAUGACAAACAAGAGAUAGAAGGCAUACUGAGCAACCUUGGAUGCAAAAAGGAACUGAAAAAGUUAAAAAAUAUUGCAUUUGAGUUGCGCACUCAAUCUGAACAAGCUCAUACUAUACAGCAGGAAAUAUUAAAUACACUGGAAAAUAUAGAGGAAUUUGCGCAUACAGUAAAGUCAUUCUGUACGUCGAUCAGCAAUGAGGCAAAUAAAGGAUCAGGGUUAGCUGCAAUGAUUCAAGCUGCACAGCACUUCAUGCCAAGUGAAAAAUUUUGUGGCUAUGAAAGAACUGUAAUUGAAUUAGUAUUAGAGAGAGAAAGAUUACAAAAGCAAGUACUGCUAUCUGAUUGCUGCAUCAAAAAUUUGCAAUUCUUGGCAACGAAAGCAAGUGUAAUGGAAAUGGACAGGAUAUGCUUGAAAGAGGAGCUGGAAAGAAGUGUGAUUCAAUCUGCUUCCUUAAACGCAGAAGAUUCAUUCAGCCAGAAGUCCAGUGAGAUACACAUAUGUCAAAAAACUUCAUCUCAAACCGAAUCAUUUGCCGCUUCCAACAUUUCCUCAAGUUCUGUUUUACAAUCUCUAUCUACCAAGUAUUCGAAGUCACAACUGCAAACAGAAAGUUUCACGCCGCAAGAAAAAGUCUUUCAACCACAAACUUUGCUGCAACCAUCACAGGCAGUUACAACAUAUCAAUUCCAGUUUUCUCCGUCUGCUUUAUCUAAAUUGCUUCCUUCUAACUUGAAAGCAAAGGCUUCUAACUUAAAACAAUCGCACCUCACAUCACAAAAGGCAUCUUCUAAGUUAUUUCAGCCACAUUCCACACCAGAAUCACAAACUUUCUCACCAAAAUCUCUCACGCCUUUGUUGCCUCAAUUGCAACUUUCUACAUCAAAACCAGAAGAUUCCAAGUCAAAACCAAAACACUCUAAAUCAGAAUUAGAAUCAAAUGAAGUUAUUUCACAACAUUCUAUACUUAAAUCGCAAGUUUUUUCACCGCAACUACGUACAUCACAGCAACAGCCUUCCACGCUUGCUGACUCAUCGACGCAAUUUUCUACAUCUAUAUCGCAAUUUUCUGAAUGUAAUAUACAACCUUCUAUGGAGUCAGAAGAACUUUCUGAGCAGCAAUCAACACAGCAGUCACAGCUUUCUUCUUCGUCUAAACGCAAGCGUCGUCAGAAGUUGAAACAACGUAAACGUUAA